AUGACCCUACGUAUCGUCAGGGGAGGAGUGGCCAGAAUAGAUCACAUGUCCACAUCAUCUGGUGAUCAUGUGACCAUCACCGUGCCUCCAUGUGACUCCCUAAAACCCGAGAGACCCAACAUGCAGAAGGUUCUGGAAGCCACCAAGAAGAUGAUUGAUCUGCUGAUAGGAGAGGGAGGAGUGGCCAGAAUAGAUCACAUGUCCACAUCAUCUGGUGAUCAUGUGACCAUCACCGUGCCUCCAUGUGACUCCCUAAAACCCGAGAGACCCAACAUGCAGAAGGUUCUGGAAGCCACCAAGAAGAUGAUUGAUCUGCUGAUAGGAGAGGGUAAAGAUUUAAAAGUUGAGGUUGAAGAAGAAGAGACGUUCGUAAAAGAGGAUCACCAGUCUAUGGAGGAGGGGGAGAUGAUUCUGACACGUGAGAAGGAAGAAGCUUCUCCACAUCUGGACACAAAGUGCGGAAAAGGUUUCACUCAGAAAGGAGACCUAAACCUAUAUAAUCAAACCGGUGAGCGCCCUUUUUCCUGUUCCGUAUGCGAGAAGAGUUUCGUUAUGAAACGAGCACUUGUUAGACACCAGAAGAUCCACACAGGUGAGCGCCCUCAUUUAUGUUCAGUGUGCGGAAAAAGUUAUAUUGAAAAAGCAAACCUUCUCAUGCAUCAGAAGCGCCACACCGGGGAGCGUCCUUAUUCAUGUUCAGAGUGCGGAAAAAGUUUUGUUUACAAAGCGGACCUUGUUAAACACCAGAAAAUUCACACUGGUGAGCGCCCUUUCUCGUGUUCAGAGUGCGGAAAAAGUUUCAUCGACAAAACAAAGCUUCUGGUACACCAAAGAAUUCACACCGGUGAGCGUCCGUUUUCAUGUUUAGAGUGCGGGAAACGUUUCACUCAGAAUGGAGACCUUCUUAAACACCAGAGUGUUCACAGUCGGGAGAAAGGUUUUUCAUGUUUAGAGUGUGGUCAUUGUUUCAAACAUAAACGAAGUCUAAUUAGACAUCGUAGUUCUCACACCUGCUGAUGCUGUUGAUAAAUUUA